AGAAAAGUUAGGGUUUUAAAAGUUUACACUCCUUCUUCAAUGAUCUGGUUUUAACCUUUAGGCUGCCACUCCAUUGCAAUAGGAUAUUUUAGUUAGAGUCAAGAUGAUCAAGAGAUUCUUCAAGCCGCAAACCUCUUCAGGUUCUACUUCUAGUUCUCUUUUACUAAGCUCUCCUUCAUGUUCAGUGGUUAAUAAUAAUGUCAAUUCUUCUCAAUCGUCACACAAAGAUAAUAUGUUGGAUUUGAAACUUCUUGAACGUGAUCCUGGUGAAAGAAAAUAAAUUUCAGAACAUCCUCCUAAUUUACGUGAUCGAGUGAGAAGACAUUACAUUGAAACAAUGCUAUGAUGAAGCUAGUAACAUGCAGGGUGAAAUUAAUGGCCGUAAGACUUCGAUUAUGAAUGAUACUCCUUCGGCAUAUUGCAUACAUUGUUUUGCUCAUCAAUUGCAAUUGACUCUUGUGGUUGUUGCAAAGAAACAUUAUGAGACAGAACAAUUUUUUGAUAUUCUUGCAAAUGUUUUAAAUAUUGUUGGAGGUUCUUUUAAGUGCAGGAAGAUGCUUCGAGAUGAUCAAGCAGAAAAGCUGGAGGAACUACUAGUGCUUGGUAAAGUUCAUACGGGCAAUGGAUUAAAUCAAGAACUUGGGCUUCAAAGGGCAGGUGAUACUUGCUGGGGUUCUCAUUUUAAGACAGUGCAUAAUUUUAUUAGUUUAUUCUCAUCAAUUGUUCAUGUACUUGGUGUUUUUUCAAUUGAGGGUUCAAAUUAUCAUGAGAGAUCAACGACAAAAAGUCUAGUGGAUGACAUAAGAUCAUAUGAGUUUCUGUAUAUGUUGCAUUUAAUGUUGAAAGUAUUGGCACUUACAUAUGAUUUAAAUAUGGCUUUGCAAAAAAAAGAUCAAGAUAUUGUAAGUGCCAUGAAGCUUGUUGGUUUUGCAAAGAGACAAUUGUAAGUUAUGAGAGAAU